AUGUCAGAUUUGGUAUCAGUUGCCCAGUAUCUUGAACAAUCAGUCGCUGCCUCAACUUCCAAAGCUGCUGAGGCGAGCCUCAAGGCGGAAGAAUCGCUGGAAGGGUUUCCCUUAACUUUGAUGCAUGUAAUUGCAUCUGGAAACCUUCCAGUGUCAACGAGGCUGGCUGGUGCACUUUUCUUCAAAAACUUCAUCAAGCGUCGUUGGGUUGACGAAAAUGGAGACUACCUCAUUUCUCUCUCAGACGUUGACGCAAUCAAAAGGGAAAUCGUGCCGUUGAUGAUAGUUUUACCUGGGAAUUUGCAAAUCCAGAUUGGCGAAGCAAUUUCUGUUAUAGCAGAUUCUGAUUUCCCUCAGAGAUGGCCAAAUUUACUGGAUGAUUUGAUUGGAAAAUUCUCAACGAACGAUAUGGUCACCAAUAGGGGAGUAUUGACAGUGGCACAUUCUAUCUUCAAGAGAUGGCGCCCUCUGUUCAGAUCAGACGAGUUAUUCUUAGAGAUUAAAUUCGUGUUGGAUAAGUUUGCAUCACCUUUCUUAGCCCUGCUUCAAUCUGUAGAUGAGCAAAUCACAGCCAGUACAGCGGAUGCAGCCAAGCUCACGUUACUAUUUGACGUUUUACUAGUCUUGAUCAAGCUUUACUACGACUUAAACUGUCAAGACAUCCCAGAGUUCUUCGAAGACAACGCGCAAUUGGGGAUGGGGGUUAUGCUCAAGUACUUGGCCUACGAUAAUCAAUUGUUAGAAGACAAGGAUGAAGAAGACCAAGCGAGUGUUGUCACGAAGGUUAAAUCCAGUAUCGAAGAGUUAAUUCAACUUUAUAUCACAAGGUAUGAUGACGUAUUCGAACCCAUGGCAAACGAUUUCAUAAAAGCGACAUUGGACAUUCUUACAGGCUUGAUGCCACAAGCCAAGAAUGAUGUUCUCAUCUCGAAAGCUCUCCAUUUCAUGACAGCUGUCACCAAAAUUCCAAAGUAUUUUGAACUUUUCAAUAACGAAGGCGCUCUCCAAAGCAUCAUAGAACAAAUCAUAUUGCCCAACGUCACAUUACGCGAGGCGGAUGAAGAACUUUUUGAAGAUGACCCCAUCGAAUAUGUGAGACGUGAUCUCGAGGGCUCCGAUUCGGAAACCAGAAGGAAAGGAUGUACCGAUUUUGUGAAAGAAUUGAAGGAAAAAAAUGAGCACGUCGUCGUUUCUCUUGUCUUGAAGCAGAUUAAAGCUUUUUUCCUCAAAUACCAAGAAGAUCCGGCGAACAACUGGAAAUACAAAGAUCUCAGCAUUUACCUUUUUUCCACAUUGGCGAUAAAUGGAAGCAUAAGUAAUCCAGGUGUUUCAUCGACGAGUAUUUUGCUGGACGUGGUUGGCUUUUUCAGUGAGCAAAUAUUUCCUGACCUGGUGGGUUCGGUACCUCAUCCUAUUUUGAAGGUUGAUGCUAUCAAGUACAUCUACACGUUCCGGAAUCAACUCAGUAAAGAACAGCUAAUACAAAUCUUGCCCAUUCUCGCUGAGCUCCUGCAAUCCGAGGAAUUCGUUGUCUACACUUAUGCUUCUAUAACCAUUGAGCGCAUACUUGCAAUAAGAGAAUCAAACACAUCAUCUGUACUCGUUUUCAAAAAGUCAGAUCUUGCAGGCAGCUCGCAAGUUCUGCUCACGAAUCUUUUCCGUUUGAUUUUCAAACAAGGGCAAUCGCCAGAAAAGUUGGCCGAAAACGAGUUUUUAAUGAGGGCCGUGUAUCGAGUACUCUCUACAUCCGAGGAACUUUCGGCCCCUUUUGCUCUAAACACGAUCAAUGAACUUCUUCAGAUCGUUUCGAUAAUUUCCAAAAACCCAUCUAACCCCAAAUUUUCGCAUUACUGUUUCGAGUCCUUGGGUGUUGUGCUGAAGUACAAUCAACAAUCGUUGAGUGAGUUCUUGGACAUCAUGAUGCCUACUUUUAUGAGCAUCCUGUCCGCUGAUGUUCAAGAGUUUAUUCCUUAUACCAUUCAGCUUAUUGCCUACUGCAUAGAACAAAUGCCCCAGGAAAGCAGUCUUCCAGCUUCGGUCGCUCAAUUAGCACAACCAAUUCUCUCACCAUCUGUGUGGGAAUUGAAGGGCAACAUCCCAGCUGUGACGAGACUUCUAAAGGACAUCAUCCGCGUAAACCCGGGAGCUUAUCAAGACCUUCUCCCAGUUCUCGGUGUAUUCCAGAGAUUGAUUGCUUCUAAGACAUACGAUGUGAACGGUCUUGACCUUAUGGAACAUAUUGUGACUUACGUGCCAACAGAAAAAUUACAACCUUUUUUGAAACAAAUUGCAGUUCUUCUUCUACAGCGGUUACAGAAUUCCAGAACCGAGAAAUACGUCAAAAAAUUCCUUGUCUUUCUCAGCCUUGUGGCUUACAAAAAGGGCUCUGACUUUGUUGUAAGUUUUUUGGAUGAUGUUCAAAAUGGACUUUUUGAGCAGAUCUGGAAUUCUUUUGUCAUUAGCACAAUCCCCAACAUGGGAAACUUGCUGGACCGCAAAAUCGCUAUAAUUGGGGUCCUUCAAGUCAUAACAAGUGGCACGCAGUUUUCUUCAAAAUAUCCAAAUCUAUUCGCACCGUCUUUAGAAGUUUUGGUGGAAACAGCAGCGUCUGAAAGUAUUGUAAGCAUGAAUAACGAUUUUGUGGAUCUUGAUAAUCUAGAGGAAGUAUCGACUUUUGGAUCUAGUUUCAGCAAGUUGAGUUCUAUCAGUGAAAAAAGCUUUGAUCCUGUUCCUGAAGUGGACUUGACCACAGGUUUGAAAUCGUACCUGAAAGACACCCUGUUGUCGUUCAAUCAAAAAACCGGUAAUAGCCUUUCGGGUCUUGCACCACAGCUUUCUGACAAAGCCAAAUUGGCACUGCAUAGCUUGGGCCUCACCUAA